GACUGGGAGGGGGCAGUCCCCGUUUUACAGCGGAGCCGGAUGUUUGCCGAGCUUUGACAGGCGUGGCAAAGGGAGCGUUGCCGGACCACGGUGCUGUUCUCUUUUUUGCCUCCUGUAUCUCAGCACUCUGUUGAUGUCAUGAACUUCCCCUUCGGUGCCCUCCGAUCCCUGCGGCAGCCUGUUGACCUUUGCCACCCUGAGGGUCUGUGCGGUGAAGCUGUGGGAGACAGGCUCGGCUAUGGACCCACUUUCAGACCUGCAAGAUGACCUGGCCUUGGAUGACACCAGCCAGGCUCUGAACCAGCUGAAGCUAGCGUCCAUUGAUGAGAAGAACUGGCCGUCGGAUGAAAUGCCCGACUUUCCCAAGUCAGAUGACUCUAAAAGCAGCUCCCCAGAACCUGUCACACACCUGAAGUGGGAUGAUCCUUACUACGACAUCGCCCGGCACCAGAUUGUGGAGGUGGCAGGAGAUGACAAGUAUGGGCGGAAGGUCAUUGUGUUCAGUGCCUGCCGAAUGCCUCCGAGCCACCAGCUGGACCACAGCAAGCUCCUGGGGUACCUGAAGCACACCCUGGACCAGUAUGUGGAGAGCGACUACACGCUGCUCUACCUGCACCACGGCCUGACCAGCGACAACAAGCCCUCCCUCAGCUGGCUCCGGGACGCCUACCGGGAGUUCGACCGCAAGUACAAGAAGAACAUCAAGGCCCUGUACAUUGUGCACCCCACCAUGUUCAUCAAGACCCUGCUCAUCCUCUUUAAGCCCAUCAUUAGCUUCAAGUUUGGGCAGAAGAUCUUCUAUGUGAAUUACCUGAGUGAGCUGAGCGAGCACGUGAAGCUGGAGCAAUUGGGGAUCCCUCGCCAAGUGCUCAAGUAUGACGACUUCCUGAAAUCCACACAGAAGAGCCCCGCCACAGCCCCCAAGGCUAUGCCACCACGGCCCCCUCUGCCCAACCAGCAGUUUGGGGUCUCACUGCAGCACCUCCAGGAGAAGAACCCGGAGCAGGAGCCCGUUCCGCUCGUGCUCCGGGAGACCGUUGCCCACCUACAGGCCCACGCUCUCACCACUGAGGGGAUUUUCCGGAGGUCCGCCAACACCCAAGUUGUACGGGAAGUGCAGCAGAAGUACAACAUGGGGCUGCCUGUGGACUUCGACCAGUACGAUGACUUGCACCUGCCAGCGGUCAUCCUCAAGACCUUCCUCCGGGAGCUUCCUGAGCCCCUGCUCACCUUUGACCUCUACCCCCAUGUGGUGGGCUUCCUCAACAUUGAUGAGAGCCAGAGAGUGGAGGCGACGCUGCAGGCCCUUCAGACGCUGCCUGAGGAGAACUACCAGGUGCUUCGGUUCCUCACUGCCUUCCUGGUGCAGGUGUCUGCCCACUGUGACCAGAACAAGAUGACCAACACUAACCUGGCUGUUGUCUUUGGCCCUAACCUGCUGUGGGCCAAGGACGCGGCCAUCACUCUCAAGGCCAUUAAUCCCAUCAACACCUUUACCAAGUUCCUGCUGGAUCAUCAAGGGGAGUUGUUCCCUAGCCCUGCCUCCUAGGGGCUCUGAGCCCAGCCCCUGCCCACCAGCCCCCUUCUCUGAUCGCCCCAGCGUGGACUCUUCCUCCUGGCGCUGGGGAGCCCAGGGCUCCUGCCCAGGAAGGGGUCAUGAGGCCCCGGAAGAUAGAAGCUGAGGCCAGCUGAGGGGGCAGCUCCUCUCCCCUCCUUCCCAGCCCACCUCACGGGUCCCGGAGGCCUCACCGUGACCACGAGACACUUCUCUUGGCCUUAUACUUCUGCCUCCUUGGAUCCCUGGUUCCUGCGGGGCUGUGCAGAGCUGGCUUUGGCUCCUCCAGCGGGAGGACUGGCCCCAGCAAUCCCUUUCCUGCUUUCUCCUGCCUCUUUCCCUGGCAGCUGCCGAUGCCAAAAUCACUGCCGGCUGGGAUGCAGCUGGGGCUGGUGUCCCGCCCGCCCCCACCCAUUGCUGGGGAAAUGGAAGGCUGAGCUGGCUUCGGGCCUGCCGAGGCUCCUCCCGGUCUGGGUGAAGGCCUGGGUACAACUCCCCGCUCCUAUCCUCCCCUCUACCGGCUCAGCCGUGGGUAUUUCCACAGCUAAGGAAUUACAGGCUGGAGUCUGCUUCCUGUUUCUGCCUUCUCCACAAAUCCUGGUCAGCCUUUCCCAAGUGGUACUGCCCGCAGGAUGUUCUGACCCCCUGCUUCUGCCAGGCCUGGCAGCUUGGAUGACACGGCAUUGGAGAUAGAUGCCACUCCCACCCGAGAGAGACCCCUAGUGCCUGAUCAGACUGGUGGGCUUGGCCUCCGAGUCUCAUCUAAGGCUGGCUGCUAGGCGGGAGGCCCUCCUGGCAGUCAUGUCUGUUGUGGAGUCACACUGGUCUGACCAGAAGUGACUCGGUGCUUCAGGAUCUGUGGUGGCUCUUUCCCUCAAUCCUGCUGGGGACGCCUGGAGGGGCUGGGCAGAGAUUUUGCUAGUCGGAUUGACCAGGACCCUGUUGUCUUUCAGAAAACCUGGACCCCAAUGAUAAUGGCGCUCCCUCAUUCCAGUUGUGCCCCUUAGAAUUACACUCCUUGGUGAACUCUGGCGACGCCCCCACUCCCCUCGCAGCCUUGACCUCAGGUACUAGGGACAUUCCUGCACAGUGGCCCUGUCCCCGCAGCCUUGGCCAGAGCCUGGACUGUGUGGGUCUCACUGACCAGCCCAACUCCGUUUGGGAGCUGGGUGGAGCCUGGUUCCUGACCUCAUGGGCUCCCUCCCAGGCGCUGGCGUGUCAGGGCUCACAGUACUUGGCAUAGCUGCUGGGCCCGUCAGUCCCUGUCUCUAUAGCUUGGGUCCAGGCCUCCGCUUUGCGCCCUCCUUGUAUAUCAGGUGUUCACAGCCCCACUUACUGGGGAGCCUGUGGAUCUAUGUGGUCUUUCCCCUGUCCCGUCCUACUGGUCAGUACCUGGGGGGGGGGGUUGUACUGGGAAUCAAGUGUUCACAUUCACACUUAAUGACUUCCUUGGCACCAAUCAUGUAUUUCACCUUUGCACUUUUUGUAUUUCAAUAAAA